CCCGUCCGCUAAGUGCCCGGGAUCUCCAGCUCGCGUCCCAGUCUGCGGGCCUCCGGGGCAGCGGCGAGGCCGGAGCGUCGUGGCGGAGGGGACAAGACCAGGACAAGACCAGGGCAGGAGGGAGCCGGCCAGCCGCGAAAGCCCCGCACGCCCGGCAAGAUGCUGUCCUGGCGGCUGCAGACGGGACCCGAGAAGGCUGAGCUGCAGGAGCUCAACGCCCGGCUCUAUGACUACGUGUGCCGGGUGCGGGAGCUGGAGCGCGAAAACCUGCUCCUGGAGGAGGAGCUGCGCGGCCGGCGCGGGCGAGAGGGCCUGUGGGCCGAGGGGCAGGCCCGCUGCGCCGAGGAGGCGCGCAGCUUGCGGCAGCAGUUGGACGAACUGAGCUGGGCCACUGCGCUGGCGGAGGGAGAGCGGGACGCUCUGCGGCGCGAGUUGCGGGAGCUGCAACGCCUGGAUGCGGAGGAGCGCGCCGCCCGCGGCCGCCUGGACGCCGAGCUGGGUGCGCAGCAGCGCGAGCUGCAGGAGGCGCUGGGCACGCGCGCCGCCCUCGAGGCUCUGCUGGGCCGGCUGCAGGCCGAGCGCCGCGGCCUGGACGCGGCCCACGAACGCGACGUGCGGGAGCUGCGCGCCCGCGCCGCCAACCUGACCAUGCACUUCCGCGCCCGGGCCACCGGCCCCGCUGCGCCCCCGCCGCGCCUGCGGGACGUGCACGACAGCUACGCACUGCUGGUGGCCGAGUCGUGGCGAGAGACCGUGCAGCUGUACGAGGACGAGGUGCGCGAGCUGGAGGAGGCGCUGCGGCGCGGCGAGGAGAGCAGACUCCAGGCGGAGGAGGAGACGCGGCUGUGCGCGCAGGAGGCCGAGGGGCUGCAGCGCGAGGUGCUCGGGUUGGAGCAGCUGCGCGCGCGGCUGGAGGAAGAGCUGCUGCGGAUGCGCGAGGAGUACGGGUUGCAGGCCCAGGAGCGGCAGAGAGUGAUUGACUGCCUGGAGGAUGAGAAGGCGACCCUCACCUUGGCCAUGGCUGACUGGCUGCGGGACUAUCAGGACCUCCUGCAGGUGAAGACCGGCCUCAGCCUGGAGGUGGCAACCUACCGGGCCUUAUUGGAAGGAGAAAGUAAUCCAGAGAUAGUGGUCUGGACUGAGCACAUUGAAAACAUGCCAUCAGAAUUCAGAAACAAAUCCUAUCACUAUACCGACUCACUGUUACAGAGGGAAAAUGAAAGAAAUCUGUUUUCAAGGCAGAAAGCACCUUUGGCGAGUUUAAAUCACAGCUCGGCACUGUAUUCUAACCUGUCAGCACACCGUGGAUAUCAGACGGGCACAUCUGUUGGAGGUGAUGCCAGAAGAGGCUUCUUGGGCUCGGGAUAUUCUUCCUCGGCCACUACCCAGCAGGAAAACUCAUACGGAAAAACCGUCAACAGUUCAACUAAUGUCAGAACUUUCUCUCCAACCUAUGGCCUUUUAAGAAAUACUGAGGCUCAAGUGAAAACAUUCCCUGACAGACCAAAAGCUGGAGAUACAAGGGAGGUCCCUGUUUACAGAGCUGAAGAUUCCACAGUUGCCCGCGAGUCGUACCGGGACCGCCGAGACAAUGUGGCGGCAGGUGCUUCGGAAAGCGCACGAUCAAAUGAGAGGACCGUCAUUCUGGGAAAGAAAACAGAAGUGAAAGCCACAAGGGAGCAAGAAAGAAACAGACCGGAAACCAUCCGAACAAAGCCAGAAGAGAAAAUGUUCGAUUCUAAAGAGAAGGCUUCCGAGGAGAGAAACCUAAGAUGGGAAGAACUGACAAAGUUAGAUAAAGAAGCGAGACAGAGAGAAAGCCAGCAGAUGAGGGAGAAGGCCAAGGAGAAGGACUCACCGAAGGAGAAGAGCGUGCGAGAGAGAGAGAUCCCGAUUAGUCUCGAAGUAUCCCAGGACAGAAGAGCAGAGGUGUCACCGAAAGGUUUGCAGAUGCCUGUGAAGGAUGCUGGUGGCGGGACGGGUAGAGAGGCAGAAGCAAGAGCGCUGCGGUUCACGUUGGGCACCAGAGAUGCCACUGGUUCUCUGCAAGGCGAUUCCAUGACAGAAACGGUAGCAGAAAACAUCGUUACCAGUAUCCUGAAGCAGUUCACUCAGUCUCCAGAGACAGAAGCAUCUGCUGAUUCUUUUCCAGACACAAAAGUCACUUACGUGGACAGGAAAGAGCUUCCUGGGGAAAGGAAAACAAAGACUGAAAUAGUUGUGGAGUCGAAACUGACUGAGGAUGUUGAUAUUUCUGAUGAAGCUGGCCUGGACUACCUUUUAAGCAAGGAUAUUAAGGAAGUGGGGCUGAAAGGCAGGUCAGCCGAGCAGAUGAUAGGAGAUGUCAUCAACCUUGGCCUGAAAGGGAGGGAGGGGAGAGCCAAGGUCGUCAACGUGGAGAUCGUCGAGGAGCCUGUGAGCUACGUCAGUGAGGGGAAACCAGAGGAGUUUUCUGUCCCAUUCAAAGUGGAGGAGGUCGAAGAUGUGUCCCCAGGCUCCUGGGGGUUGGUUAAGGAAGAGGAAGGUUAUGGAGAAAGUGAUGUCACAUUCUCAGUUAAUCAGCAUCAAAGGACCAAGCAGCCCCAGGAGAACACGACUCACGUUGAAGAAGUGACAGAGGCAGGUGAUUCAGAGAGCGAGCAGAGUUAUUUUGUGUCAACUCCAGAUGAAUACCCGGGGGGGCACGACAGAGAUGACGGCUCGGUGUAUGGGCAGAUCCACAUCGAGGAGGAAUCCACCAUCAGGUACUCUUGGCAGGAUGAAAUUGUGCAGGGGACUGGAAGGAGGACACAGAAGGAUGGUGCAGUGGGUGAGAAGGUUGUGAAGCCUUCAGAGAUCCCAGCGUCCUCUCUGGAGGGGGACCUGGGUUCCACUCACUGGAAAGAACAAGCUAGAAGUGGUGAAUUUCAUGCCGAACCCACAGUCAUUGAAAAAGAAAUUAAAAUACCCCCUGAAUUCCAUACCUCCAUGAAGGGUAUCUCCUCCAAGGAGCCCCGGCAGCAGCUGGUGGAGGUGAUCGGGCAGCUGGAGGAAACCCUUCCCGAGCGCAUGAGGGAAGAGCUGUCUGCCCUCACCAGAGAGGGGCAGGGCGGGCCGGGGAGCAUUUCCGUGGACGUCAAGAAGGUCCAGGGUGCUGGUGGCGGUUCCGUGACCCUGGUUGCUGAAGUCAACGUCUCACAAACUGUGGAUGCCGAUCGGUUAGACCUGGAGGAGCUGAGCAGAGAUGAGGCCAGUGAAAUGGAGAAAGCUGUGGAGUCGGUGGUUCGGGAGAGCCUGAGCAAGCAACGCAGCCCAGCGCCUGGCAGCCCAGAUGAGGAAGACGGAGCGGAGGCCCCGGCUGCUGGCGCUCGCUUCAGGCGUUGGGCCACCCGGGAGCUGUACAUCCCUGCAGGCGAGAGUGAGGAUGCUGGUGGGGCCCCUCACAGCUCGGGGCAGCACGCUCGCCAGGGCCCAGUGUCGGCCACUGUGGAGGUCAGCAGCCCCACAGGCUUUGCCCAGUCACAGGUGCUGGAGGACGUGAGCCAGGCUGCAAGGCACAUAAAACUCGGCCCCUCUGAAGUCUGGAGGACUGAGCGAAUGUCCUAUGAAGGACCCACUGCAGAAGUGGUGGAGGUAAGUGGGGGAGGCGACCUAAGUCAGGCAGCGAGCCCGACCGGAGCCAGCCGGUCUGUGAGGCAUGUCACGCUGGGUCCCGGUCCAAGUCCACCGUCCAGAGAAGUCAUCUUCCUAGGCCCUGCCCCUGCCUGUCCGGAGGCGGGAGGCUCACCAGAACCUGGCCCGGCAGAGUCUUCUGCAGAUACGGACGGACUGGGGAGGCACAGCACAUUUGGCUCCAGACAAUUUCAUGCUGAAAAGGAGAUUAUUUUUCAGGGCCCCAUUUCUGCUGCAGGGAAGGUUGGUGAUUACUUCACAAAAGAAGAGUCAGUGGGUACCCAGACUUCUGUCAGGCAACUCCAGUUAGGCCUUAAAGAAGGGUUCAGUGGGCAAAUCCAGUUCACUGCUCCACUUUCAGACGAGGUGGAGUUGGGUGUCAGAGGAGAUUCUGUACACAUGGAAGGGUUGCCAGGGAGCAGCACAUCCAUCAGGCACAUCAGCAUCGGGCCUCAGAGGCAUCAGACCACCCAGCAGAUAGUUUACCAUGGGCUGGUUCCCCAAUCGGGGGAGUCUGGUGACUCAGAGAGCAUUGUGCACGGAGAAGGCUCAGCAGAUGUGCACCAGGCCACUCAUAGUCACACCUUAGGUAGACAAACCAUUAUGACUGAAAAGAGCACCUUCCAAAGUGUCGUUUCUGAAUCUCCUCAGGAGGACAGUGCAGGGGACACGUCAGGGGCAGAAAUGACAUCGGGUGUUAGCAGAUCCUUUAGGCACAUUCGACUAGGUCCUACAGAAAUGGAAACCUCUGAACACGUCGUUGUCCAUGGACCCGUGUCCAGAACAUUUGUGCUUGCUGGUUCAGCGGACUCCCCUGAGCUAGGCAAGUUAGCAGACAGCAGCAGAACGGUAAGACACAUUACACCAGGGCCCAAAGAAACUUCGUUUACCUUUCAGAUGGAUGUGAGUAACGUAGAGGCGAUCCGCAGCCGGACACAGGAAGCGGGAGAUCGCGGUGUGUCUGACCGUGGUGCCUGGACAGACGCGGACAGUAGGAAUGACCAGGCAGUUGGCAUGAGCUUUAAGGCCUCUGCUGGGGAAGGAGACCAGGCCCAUGGAGAACAGGGCAAGGAGCAGGCCAUGUUUGAUAAGAAGGUGCAGCUCCAGAGAAUGGUAGACCAAAGGUCAGUGAUUUCAGAUGAAAAGAAAGUUGCCCUCCUCUAUCUAGACAAUGAGGAGGAGGAGAAUGAUGGGCAUUGGUUUUAAUAAGCAGAAACAUUUUGUCUUAAUGGCAUCCUGUUGGCGACAUGCCAACAUCCAAAGGCCUUAACUUUAAGAGGCGGAGGGAGUCUAUGAAAAUCUCCCCUUUUUUACUUUCUUAAAGAGUACUCCAGGCAGUGUUAAUUUCCUUUAUAGUUACUCCGUAAAGGUUUCCAGUUAAUCCGUGCCUGAAAAGGCACAGCAAUUUUAUUUUUGAGUUGGGACUUUUACAAAACACGUUUUUUCCUGGAGUCUUCUCUCCACUUCUGGAGAUGAUUUCUGUGUUUUGCACCUGGUCACAGACAUGGCUUGCGUCUGUUUGAAACUACAAUUAAUUAUAGAUGUCAAAACAUUAACCAGAUUAAAGUAAUAUAUUUAAGAGUCAAUUUUGCUUGCAUGUGCUAAUAUGAAAUAACAAACUAACAUUUUAGGGGAAAAAUAAAUACAAUUUAGACUCUUUCUAAAAAGUCUUUUCAAAAAGAAAUAGGAAAUAGGCAGACUGUUCAUGUUAAAAAAAUUUCUUGCUAAAUGAUUUCAUCUUUAGGAAAAAUUUACUGGCCAUAUAGAGUUAAAUUCAUGUUAAGACUUGAAUGAAUUGCUUUCUAUGUACAGAACUUUAAAAAAUAUAGUAUUUAUGGAGAGGACAGCUGUAGUCUGUUGUGAUAUUUCACAUUCUAUUUGCACAGGUUCCCCGGCACUGGUAGGGUAGAUGAUUAUUGGGAAUCACUUACAGUACCAUUUCAAUUUUUUUGGCACUAGGUCAUUAAGUAGCAUACAGUGUGAAUACCUUUUUUUUGGUAUAGCCUAAGUUCUGGAGUGGCCAGUUCCUAUCAGACUGUGCAGACUUGAGCUUCUCUGUACCUUAGCCCUUAGCACUCAAACAUUUAAUUUCACUGGUGGGAGGUAGACCUUGAAGACAAUGAAGAGAAUGCCGAUGCUCAGACUACAGCUGGACUGGCAAGCUGGCUGUGUACAGGAAAAUUGGAAACACACAGUAGACCAUGCCUCCUAAAGAUGCCUUUCCCAACCCUUCAUUCAUGGGAUGCAGGUCUUUCUGAGCUCAAGGGUGAAAGAUGAAUACAGUAACAACCAUGAACCCACCUCAUGGAAGCCUUUUUUGCACUUUCAACAGAAGUCAUUGCAGUUGGGGUGUUUCGUCCAGGGCAACAAUCUAUUAAAUAGAAGGAUGUUUUGGGGGAAGGAACUGGAUCUCUCUCCUGCAGCCCAGCACUGAGAUACCCAGGAUGGGCCUGGAGGAUGAGAAAGGCCCCCAUGCUCAUGGGCCGCAGAGUGUGGACCUGUAGAUAGGCACCACCAAGUUUAAGAUACUGGGAUGAGCAUCCUUCAUUGGAUUCGUUUCAUUUUACACUUGGGUAUUGUUUUAAAGUUUCCAUCUGUAAAGUGUGGCAUCAUAUAAAAAGAGUUUUGCUAGCAGCACAGCAUUUUUUUAGUCCAGGCUAGCUUCUUUCACAUAAUGCUAUCUCAACUGUACUUCCUGUAACACAGUAUCAUAGCACUGACUGUAGUGCACUGAGGAAUAACAGUCUGAGGUAGCACCACCCUCAGGCAGGCUACAGUGAAGGCACUGGAGGGUCUUCCCUCUCAGAUUCACCUGGAGGCCCUCAGACCCCCAGGGUGCAUGUCUCCCCAGGUCCUAGUAGUGGCCACCCCAGGUAGUUUCCGGAGAGUGCAUUUUCUUCAUUGAUAAGUGGAGGAGAAAUGCAGCACAGCUUUCAAGAUGAUAUUUUAAAAACACCAAGAAUCAGAGUAUGGAAAGAAAGUUGAUUUGAAUUGCAAGUUUAAACCUUUGUUGUCCAUCUGCCAAAUGAACUAGUGAUUGUCAGACUGGUAUGGCGGUGACUGCUUUGUAAGGUUUUGUCGUUUCUAAUACAGUCAAAGAUGUGCUGAUUUUGUUUUAACUGUAACAAGUAAUGGUUUUUGGAUAGAUAAUUGAUCGGUGAGAAUUUGGUCAAGGUGACAGCCUCCUGUCUGAUGACAAGACAGACUGGUGGUGAGGAGUCUAAGUGGGCUCAGUUUGAUGUCAGUGUCUGGGCUCAUGACUUGUAAAUGGAAGCUGAUGUGAACACGUAAUUAAUGUUAUAACCCACUUCUAUUUACUUUGUGAAAUAUCGUGAAUCUUAAUUGUCAUCUGCAAGUUUGGAACACAUAACUUCAAGAAGUAUUCUGCCAGAAGUAUUUAUAAGUAUGGAAUCAUGAGCUAUUGUUGGUUGCUAAAUCUGUGAAUCACCCAGGAGUGUGCCCUUGACAUUGUGACAGGUCACCCCAAAGCUCCAUGUCCUUUAAAACCAGUCACUCUGGACACAAGAGAAAUCAACUUCGUGGUUGGAUGGGGCCGGAACACAACCAGUCUUUUUGUAUUUAUUGUUAUUUAGACAAAACAGUACUCACUGAGUGUUUUUCAGUUUCCCACUGGUUGUUUUGAUAUUGUUUGUUUAAGAUGUAUAUUUAGAAUGGCAUCAUCUAAGAAGCUGAUUUUGCUAAACUCCUGUUCCCUACAAUGGGAAAUGUCACAAGAAUGUGCAAAAAUAAAAAUCUGAGGAAAAAACCCA